GUGACACACCAUGUGACUGUACAAAAUGGCAGACGAAAAACAUUGAAAGAAAACAUCAAAAAAGCAACUAUGAGCGUUUUUAAAAGUAUAGCAGCAGGAUUUAAGUCUAUCACAUCCAGAGACACUGUCAAACAAGAUAUACCAAUAGGUGUUUCUAAGUCAACAGUCAACUUUGAUGCUGGUGCAGAACUUCUUGACAGUUACCAGGAAAUUUGGAAGGAACUUCAUGAAAAUUGUCAACAAAAUGCGAGGGGAGCAGAGGAUUCUGAUAGCCAGAUAACAGAACUGUAUAUAAGAUACGACAGACAACAGGAAAUGAUGUCACAGUUACAUGAAAGUCUGGUUUCCUUACCAAUACUGGUGUCUCAUUUACAACAAGCUACAGAUUUACUAGCAUCCUUAGAAGGAGAAUAUGAAAAAGUCAAUACAGCUUUAAUACAACUAGAAGAUGUAAUAGAAGAGAAAGAACUGAUGAAUGCACAGUUCAUUGACACACAGAAACUGUCAGGAUAUAACCAGAGAAAACAAGAUGAACUAGAAAACUGUAAAGUUCAGUUAGCUAGAGACCAUGCUAAAAAGAUACAUGACUAUGAGAAAAGGAAGAAAAAUAUACAGAAAGAAAGAGAAGAAGCUUUCCAGGAUGCAUUUGAAGAUGAUCUGGAUUAUUUCAAAACAUAUGGACGUUUAGAUAAAGUUUCUGUGACUAGUUCAGAGGGAAGUAAAAAGGUUGAUAUAGCUGAUGUUUCAUUUGAAGAAGAAGACGAUGCAUUAGAUGAAUUCCUUGGUUCAACUGAAGUCACACCUGGAAAUGAAAACCUAACAGAAUCAUUUGAAGAGACAGAAAAUGUGUUUAGUGAAGAUGAUUAUAUUCCAAAGUUAGAUGAGGAAUCAGAUUUUAUCAAAUCUGGGGAUACUGCUACAAGUGACAGUGAUGUUGAAAAUAGACAAGCAAACAUAGUGGAACAGCAAAAUUCAAUACAAACUUGGAUAAACAACAGCAGUCCCAAAGAAAAAGGGUCAGGUGAAGGUCAGAACAAUACAACAAAUAUUGGAGUAGAAAAGACAGAUCCAGAAAGUGGUGCUCUUGAAAAGACAGAAAAAAAUAAAGAUGGUUCAGCUGAGGAUUCUUAAUAUUUGUAAUUUGAUACAAUGUACGCAUUCCAAAAAUGUUGUUAUUUUAUGAAUAGGACUAUACUUCUUGAGAAGCAUUCUGCAGUUAUCAUGC